CGCCCUGUGGUGAGCGCCUGUUACGUAACCGCUGAUGACGAAAGCGGAAGUCAGUCUGGAAAGUUUGAGUCCGUUUGUUUUUGAGGGUGUGUGUGUGUCUGUGUGUUCAACAGCUAUCACCGUCGUGCACCGUCUGAAAAGAGAUCAAUAUGGUUGUUCUGUCCAAAGAGUACGGCUACGUGGUGUUGACCGGCGUCGCCAGUAUGGUCAUGGUGGCACACUUGGCCAUCAGAGUAGGCAAGGCUCGCAAGAAGUACAAUGUGCCGUACCCAACAAUGUACAGCGAUGACAGCGAAAAUGGCAUAAUUUUUAACUGCAUUCAGCGUUCACACCAAAACACUCUGGAGCAAUAUCCCGCCUUCCUUUUCUGUCUGGCUAUUGGUGGUUUGCAUUGUCCCCGUCUCACCAGCGGACUGGGAGUUGUGUGGAUUCUCGGCAGAGAGAUGUACGCGCACGGCUACUCAACAGGAGAUCCUGAUAAAAGAAUGCAGGGAGCAUUCGGGACCGUGGCGAUGCUCGGAAUGAUACUGACUACUGCCAAUGUGGGGCGCCACAUGUUGGGCUGGAUGGGACCAUGCGUCGGGCCUUGGCGCCAGACGGCCUGUUGUUAAGAGGACCGUUAUUGUACCGAGAGCUUUUUUUCUGGCAGCGUGCAUACGUCAAGUAGGAUUAAUGGAGAGCAGUAGCUCCACCUGCAUGGCUGUCCGUGCUGCUCACUAAUUUUGACAUGAUUACAAAUAAAUACUAUGACAGAA